ACCCGUCCAGCUUUGGGGGACAAGUCCCUGUGUGGGAGCUGCCUUUCUGAGCUGACACGGAGGUCAGGGCUGAGGAAAGAGGACCCCACCGGAAAGGUCUCACGCUGGCAAACUGAGUGAUAGCCCAUCGGGUCUCCUGUCCCCUGGGCACCCCCAGUGUGGACCACAGUGGAAUUCUCACGGCUGUCUCCUUUCCAGGCGGGUGUCCCAGAGCGGGAGGCUGCAACGAGACGCGCAUGCUGGAAAGACUGCCCCAGUGCGGGGAGGCCUUUGCCGACAUGAUGCGCAAGGUGGACGUGUGGAAGUGGUGCAACCUGUCCGAGUUCAUCGUGUACUAUGAGAGUUUCACCAACUGCACCGAGGUGGAGACCAACACCGUUGGCUGCUAUUGGCCCAACCCCUUGGCCCAGGGCUUCAUCACUGGCAUCCACAGGCAGUUCUUCUCCAACUGCACCGUGGACAGGGUCCACUGGGAGGACCCCCCGGACGAGAUUCUCAUCCCGCUGAUUGUUGCGCCCAUCCUGCUGACUGUCGCCAUGGCGGCCCUGGUGGUGUGGCGCAGCAAACGCGCUGAUGUGCUGCUGUGAGGGUCCCGAUGUGGAAGUUGAAGCUCAAAAGUGUGAAGGGACUUUCCAAUAAUGGUCUUUUCUCUUUUUCCCUG